GAGCGGGCGGGAACCUCAUUUGCAUAUUAAGGACAUAUUUAAUGAGAGAGACCCACACACACUUGAACUGAGGAUAAAACAUAACUCUGGAGACGCAAGAUACACAAAACACACAAUCGCAUAGAAACAAAAGCGCGCAGUGGAGAGAGCAGUGCAGACCGCGCGCGCGCGUUCUCUCUCUCUCUCUCUCUCUCUGUCACACACACACACACACUGGCGGAGCGCGCUGCUGUCGCUCAGUGAUUCUCUCCGCGUCUCUGGGACUUUUUUGUUCCGCGCUCCUCGUGUCUUCUCCAGCAGGUCAUACUGAGAAAGAAAACAGUUUGAAAAACCGAGGACAUAAAAAGCCUUUGGAUACAGUCUGACCCAAAAGUUGAAAGGGUCAAAGGUCAUGACCGUACUUUGAACCCAGAUCAUGUUCCACACCUUCCCCAACAAAUCGCGGGCGCAGACGUCGGUCAGCAUGGAGAAGACGUACUCGCUCACGGCGCAUUACGACGACUUCCAGGAGAUCAAGUACGGCAGUCGUUGCAGCAGCAGCACGCUGAGUAACGGCAUGAGUCUGCAUCUGGGCGGAUCGCUGGACCGAGGACGGAGUGGGCGGGACAAAAGUGUGGGCGGGGCCAAGGGUGGAGCCGGGGGCGGGGCUCCGGCCCGCUGGAGCCGGCGCGAAAUCUGCCUGCUCUCUGCUUUAGUGUUCGCGGCGGGGAUGUGUGUGAUUCUCGGAUGCAUGCUGGCGCUGAAGUUUCUGUCGCUGGAAGCGCAGGAUUCUCAGUGUCGUCAGGAUUGUGUAAAGCGGCGCUCGCUGCUCCGGGCCGCGCGCUUCGUCCAGGGGAACGUUGACCCAAGCGUCCAGCCCUGUCACGACUUCUACAGCUUCGCUUGUGGCGGGUGGCUCCGGAGACACGGGAUACCGGAGGAUAAACUGAGCUACGGGAUCAUCACCGCCAUCGGAGAACAGAACCAGGAGAAGCUGCAGCGCCUCCUACAGGCGCCGAUCCGGAGGAAAGAGCCGGACAGUGCCGAGAGAAAGGUGAAAGAGUUUUAUCGCUCGUGCAUCAACAUGAAGGAAAUCGAUCGUCUGGGGGCGGGGCCUAUGACUGAAGUGAUUGACAGCUGUGGUGGGUGGGACCUGUCUGGAGCUCCUCCCGGAGGGGCGGGGUGGGACAGUGGCUCCGCCCCCGUGCGACCAGAUUUUAAUGAGAUGCUGUAUAAGACGCAGGCAGUUUACAGCACGUCUGUGUUCUUCUCUCUCACCGUCAACGUGGACGACAAAAACUCGUCCCGCAACACCAUACGGAUUGAUCAGGAGGGUUUGACACUGCCGGAAAGGACUCUGUAUCUGGGGCAGGAUGAAGACAGUGUGAAGAUUCUGGCAUCCUAUAAGGCGCUGAUGGAAAGAUUGCUGAGCAUGCUGGGAGCUCACAACGCCACGCUGAAAUCCAGAGAGAUUCUGGAUCUGGAGACGAGACUUGCAAAUGUUUGUAUCGUGUGUGUGUGCACUUUAGUGAUGUUCAGUUUGCCAAUUAAUCAGUCUUUGAUUUUGUUCUUAGCCACUCGAGAGAAGCAUAAACAUUGCCAUCUCUUUCUCUUCACUUUACCACCACAAGAAGCGACUUCUAAGGACCGGAUCUUCAGUGAUAAUUUCUCUGAGGAAGAGGAGAUCGUAGUUUUGGCCACUGAUUACAUGCAGACAGUGUCAGACAUCAUUAAAACCACGUCUAAAAGGGUUCUUCAUAACUACAUGUUGUGGCGUAUCGUGGCGGCGCUGAGCGAGCAUCUCUCCACGGCGUUUCGCAGCACGAUUCACGAUUUCUCGCGUGAGAUCGACGGAGGCGAGCGGCAGCUGGAUCUGGAGCGGCUGUGUCUCAAUCAGGCCAACAAACACUUCGGGAUGGCCCUCUUCGUCCAGCAGCACUUCUCCUCCUCCACCCGUUCUCAGGUGCAGGAGCUGGUGGAGGACAUUAAACACUCGUUAGAUCAGAGACUGCAGGAGCUCGACUGGAUGGAUGAAGAAACCCGAGACGCUGCCCGAGCGAAGCUGCAGCACAUGAUGGUUAUGACCGGUUAUCCUGACUUCCUGUUAAAGCCUGAGCUCAUCGACGAGGAAUACGGGUUCGAUGUGAACGAGAAAACGUACUUCAAGAACAUCCUGAACAGCAUCAAGUACAACAUCAAACUCUCCGUCAAAAAGAUCCAUAAAGAGGUGGACAAGACGACGUGGCUUCUUCCACCACAGGCUUUAAAUGCAUAUUACCUGCCAAACAAAAACCAGAUGGUUUUUCCUGCAGGAAUUCUCCAGCCGACGCUCUACGAUCCUGAAUUCCCUCAGUCACUGAAUUACGGAGGAAUCGGAGCGAUCAUCGGUCACGAGCUCACACACGGAUACGACGACUGGGGUGGGCAGUACGAUCGCUAUGGCAACCUGAAGCAGUGGUGGACGGAAGAGUCGUACAGGAAGUUUCAGAAGAAGGCGGAGUGUAUCGUCAAACUCUACGACAACUUCACUGUGUAUAACCAGAGGGUUAACGGGCGUCUGACGCUGGGCGAGAACAUUGCUGAUCUGGGUGGACUGAAGUUAUCUUAUAAUGCGUAUCAGAAGUGGGUUCGUGAACACGGGCCGGAGCGUCCUCUGCCGGGACUCAAAUAUACACACGAGCAGCUCUUCUUCAUCGCGUUCGCUCAGAACUGGUGUAUGAAGAGACGAUCGCAGUCCAUUUACCUGCAGCUGCUGACGGAUAAACACGCACCGGAACAUUACAGGGUGAUCGGCAGUGUGUCUCAGUUCGAGGAGUUCGGUCGUGUGUUUCACUGUCCCAGAGGGUCGCCCAUGCAUCCGGUCAACAAAUGCGCCGUCUGGUGACCUUUGACCCCUGAGCGUCUCCUCAUCGCCCUCGUUUCCAUGACGAACCGCUCCGAGCUGCUCCCACGCCGUUUGAUGUUUACAGCAUUUUAGUGAUCAGAAAUCAACUCGUGCUCAUCGACACGCGCCAUAUCUCACACCCGUCUUUCUUUGAAAUCUUUAUUUUUAUAUCCGGAUGCAGAGCGUGUCGAAUCAGGCGUGAUGAGGUGUGUGUGUGUGUGUGUGUGUGUGUGUGUGUGUGUGUGAGAGACGGUGCUGUACUGUAGGCAUGUUGAUGUUUUGAUAUGAAGUGUUUUGUCAGACAUGUUCAGUGUUUUUUAAGUAGAAUCGGCUGCUGAGGUGACCGUCGUCAGCCUGACGGAGGAGAAGAAUCGAAAUACAGUGAUUUCACGUUUCCUCUGUACUGUAUGUUGAUUCUGUGGAAACAUGUUUCUGCCUGGGAAAAUAUAUCUGUGUCCCUGCAGCACAGAAGCAGUCAUCAGUAGCACAGGUAUAUUUGUAGCAAUAGACAACAAUACAUUGUAUGGGUCACAAUUAUACAUUUCUCUUUUAUGCCAAAAAUCAUUAGGA